AUGUCUAAUCCGAACGACUACAACGCCGGCUGGAUAUGCGCCAUAAAGACAGAGUACGUUGCCGCGCCGGCCUUUCUCGACGAAAAGCACGAAGGACCAGAAUAUGUGUCCAUUAAUGACAAUAACGAUUACACACUCGGCAAGGUUGGGAAACACAAUGUCGUCAUCUCCGUCCUUCCCUAUGGGGAGUACGGCAUAUCGUCUGCGACAGGCGUCGCAAAGGAAGACAUGCUACACAGCUUUCCUAACGUCAGAAUCGGUCUGAUGGUGGGCAUCGGCGGAGGUGCGCCCAGUCCAAAGCAUGAUAUCCGUCUUGGUGACAUCGUGGAGUUCCAAGAGACAGGGGUCUUAAUCCAGCCACCAAAGGUUCUGCGGGCUGCAGUGCAUGGACUUAGGGCUCAAUAUGAGCUCGAUGGUCAUCAGCUUGAAGAAGCUAUCAACAGCAUUCUCAAGAAGAAACCAAGAUUGCAACAGAAUUACAAGCAGCCCGACCCAAAGAAGCGAGCUGUGCGGCAGUCUGCAGUCUGUAGUGAUGAUCCGUCAAACUUGAUACCACGACGCGAACGGACCGAAAACGAGAAUAAUCCGGCAAUUCACUACGGUCUGAUUGCUUCGGCGAACCGAUUGAUGAAGGACGCUCUGCUUCGGGAUAAACUUGCGAAGGAAAAAAAUGUUCUGUGUUUUGAAAUGGAAGCGGCAGGGUUGAUGAACGAAUUUCCCUGUCUGGUAAUUCGUGGUAUAUGCGACUACUCGGACACACACAAGAACAAGGAGUGGCAAGGAUAUGCAGCAAUGGCAGCUAGUGCGUUCGCAAAGGAUCUUCUCUGUCGAAUCGCCCCGACUAUGGUUGAAGCAGAGAAGAAGAUUAGCGAUCAAGUUCAUGAGAUUCAACAUGCUUUGUCCACAACUGGAGCAAACGUUGCACAGAUGAAGUCCAAGUUGGACAAGGAUGAAGAUAUCAAGGUCCUCAAUUGGCUUACACCAAUUUACUACGCUGCACAACAGAAAUGCUUCAUCGGGAUGCGACAACCAGGAACUGGCCAAUGGCUUCUAGACUCGGACGAGUACCAGGCUUGGUUGAAGGCGGAUGAGCAGAUAUUGUUCUGCCCAGGUAUACCCGGAACGGGGAAGACCAUUAUCACGGCAACUAUUAUCGAUGAUCUCUACACCAGAUUUCGCGAUGACACUAGCAUUGCCAUCGCAUACCUAUAUUGCGACUUCCGCAGGCAACACGAACAGAAAUUGGAACACUUACUCGCGAACCUGCUGAAACAGUUGGCUCAGAGGUUAACAUCAAUACCAGAUGAUGUGAAAACUCUAUAUAAGCAGUAUAAGGACCAACCCCAACAACCAUCGCUUGAUGAAACCUCGAAAGUCCUAAAUUCCCUCAGUACAUUCUAUUCGAAAGUCUUUAUUGUCAUCGAUGCGUUGGAUGAAUGCCAAAUAACCGAUGGAUGCCGUACAAGGUUUCUAACUGAGAUCUUUAGCCUUCGAGCCAGACAGAGAGCAAGUAUCUGUUCGACUUCGAGAUUCAUUUUGGAGAUCCUAGAGAAAUUCAAAGAAUGCACGUCAUUGGAGAUCCGUGCUGGAGAUGCGGAUGCUACAAUAUCAAAGACUGUUGAUGGAAUGUUCCCUUCCCUCUGCGCAGGCUUGGUCACAAUCGAUACUCAGAGCGAUGUCAUCCGAUUAGUCCACUACACGACGCAACAAUACUUCGAGCAAACGCAGAAACUUUGGUUUCCAGAGGCAGAGACGAAUAUUACAAAAGUGUGCAUUACGUACCUCUCAUUCAGCGUUUUUGAGAGUGGGUUCUGUCAGACGUACGGCGAGUUUGAGGACAGGCUGAAGUCUAAUAAACUUUUCGACUAUGCUGCACAAAACUGGGGACAUCAUGCCCGCAUAUCAUCGAUUGAAGGGGAUGAGUUUAUUUGGGAUUUUCUUAAGAGCCAGACUAAGAUUUCUGCCCGCACCCAGGCCAUAAUGGUUGCCGAAGAAGGGGACAGGACCUAUAGUGAAACACGGAUGACAGGGCUCAAUAUCACAGCAUACUUUGGACUUGGGCAAUCGACGGUGGCCCUACUCAAUGGGCAACACAGUCCAAGUCUCAAAGCUAGUUACGGUGCAACACCGCUAUACUACGCCGCGGUAAUCGGGCAUCAAGUGGUGGUGAAGCUGCUGCUCGACAAGGACGCCGACCCCAACAGCAAGGAGGACGUGGGCGGCGCGACACCGCUGUAUAACGCUGUGGAGAACGGGCAUCAGGAGGUGGUGAAGCUGCUGCUUGACAAGGACGCCGACCCCAACACCAAGGAGGACAGGAGCAGCGCAACACCGCUACAUAACGCUGUGAGAACGGGCAUCUAG